UCACCUGCGUCGGUCGAUUUGGAUUCGUUUCGUUUAGUGGAGAAAAGCGUACAAAGUGAUUGGUCAACUUGAAAAUGGAUUUUCCUUGAAUUGCUGUCAUAACAAGUAAAAAAAAAUGCUCGAAUUGAAAAACAGUACAGAAGUUUCAUAGUUUCAACAACAAAUUAGUGGGCAAUUUGAAAAGACAAGUGAUCACAUGUGGUGAAAGCUUUAGUUUACUAUUAAUAGCGAAAAGUGGUUUACCUUACGGGAAGAUUUGGGAAGUUUGAAAUCGUGAAUCUUUUCAGGAGAAAAAAAAACAGAUAAUCUUUAUCUUAUCACCACCGCGAGCGAAACAGCGUUGCGACGCAGCAUUUUACACGCUGUUGGCGAUUCAAGCCGGUGCUGCAAUAAGAGUUUUUCCCUUGUAUUUGUGGCAACUAUGGCGAAGCAGGUUGCAUGAAUCACGAUUGCAAAGAGCAAGAUGAAACCCAAAACGGCAACCUCUAUAGCGAUUCUGCUGCUUUCCGCAUCGCUGGCGGCAGGUUUCAAAUCCGAGGAGUUUUGCCCCGAAGAAUGCCACUGUGGCUUCGAAAGUGUGGAUUUCUUCGUUGACUGUUCCGGGCUAGGACUGACGGAGCUACCACACUUUCCGGAACUAGACGUCCAAAUCCUUGACCUUUCGGAAAACUUUUUCACCGGUGUUCCGAAUGAAUUGGCACAGUUUACGAAGCUUCGCUACUUGGACCUGUCAUCAAACCUAAUAAUGGAACUUCCUCCCCAUGCACUGGAUGGACUCGUUUCACUGAAACAACUUAACCUAGCGAAAAACAACAUAUCAAAUUGGGGCAAUAUUUUCCCCAACGAAUUGUUACAAAAAACCUCUUAUUUGGAAGAGCUCAGUCUAGCUGAGAACCAAUUCACCAGUUUAUCUAGCAACGAUGCUUCCCUGGUGCUAAUCAGCGCAUCUUUGCGCUACCUUGAUUUGAGCAAUUGUAAAAUUACCAAAGUUUCUGGCAGGGAGGUGAUUCAAGGAAUGCCCGGAUUGGAACACCUCAAGUUAAGCGGCAAUCCAAUCCACGGAAUUUCGGAUAUUUCUUCCAGCAGUUUAAAGACACUGGAGUUGAGCAACUGCAAAUUAAGCACUUUGCAACCAACUGCUUUGAACGGUUUGGAAUCUCUAACUUAUCUGAACCUGGCCAGAAACUACCGACUGUCGCUGUCGUUUCAUGGAAAUGUAACAUCGCAAAGUUUGAAGCGCAUUACGCUUUCCAACUGCAAUAUGGACGCGAUUGAAUUGGCCGGAUUCCCUAAUCUGAUGACAGCGAUUCUACGCGGAAAUAUGAUCCGACAACUGACGCGCGACAGCUUCGCGACGAACUUGCUGCUAGAAAACAUCGAUCUGUCGUCAAAUGCGAUCAACUUUGUGCAAAGUGACGCCUUCCGGCGCCUAGCACACCUGAAAAAUCUUGAUCUUUCGUUCAACAUGAUCAAACAGAUCGACGGGAAGAUGUUCAAGGAAAAUGAGCUUCUAACGAACAUCAAUCUCAGUCGCAACUAUCUCUGGCGAUUGCAAAGAAUAACCGCGACUUCACUGGCUCAUCUGAACAUGAGCUGGAGCGAAAUUCUCGCCAUCGAUGCGGAUGCUCUCGGUGCAAUGCCCUCACUAGUGGAUUUAGAUUUAUCCGGAAAUCUGCUGUUCGAAAUACCCGAAAGCAUCGCGUCCGAUUCGCUGCAAACGCUGGACCUGAGCAUGUGCCGAAUUACAACGUUCAGAAAUACGACCCUGUCCGGUUUGCCGGCACUGUUGAAAAUUAAUCUGUCCGGCAAUCGGUUCACCACUCCGUUCCGGGUCGAUUACUUCGACCACAAUCCGUAUCUGAGCGACAUUUGGCUCGGUGAUAAUCCGUGGCGCUGCGACUGCCGGGAUUCCGAAUUCUUCCACCUGUUUCUGUUUCUCACUGAUCCUCCCCGAAGGGUGAACGAUAGGAAACAGUUGCGUUGCACCAGCCCGGAAGACUUCUACGGUGCCACCUGGGAAGGAGCUUGUCGAUCGGUUUGGUAUCCACAGGACGUUAUGGGUACUACGGAACGGAUUUGGACCUACUUUAUGCUCGCUAUUUUAGCUUUCUUCGGAUUUUUCUGUAUCUAUUCGCUGGUACGAAAAUGUAUCGACUCUCGAAGAAAAUUAGCGGCCGAACGUGAGAGGCAGGAGAAUAUUCAGGAGAUGCGGGAAAUAGCACGCGAUAACCAACUUCGUAUGCGUCAAGAGGCUCAACUAAACGCACCGGAUGUUCGCGAAUCACGUCCUCCGGCGUACGAAGACGCCAUCUUGCUCCCGAAACUGGAUGCGGCCUCUUUUGCGUCACUCGAUGAGCUGCUUUUACGAGGGAAACGCAAGAAGAAACGCAGGCAACGUCAAUCGAACGAAACCGUGGACGCCACCGCUAACGACGAGGAAGAACCAAUAGAUCUGCGCCCCAGCAACAGAUCACGAAGCGAAAACGUUCUCUCCGUUAGAGGAACGAUCUACCAGGAACCAAGGGAUGCCGUAAACAGGGAAACCCACUCUCCCAUAUACCAAAGACCAACCUCGAAUCGACCCGUGAUGGCAACCGUAAUCGCUAACGUGCACGCUUCCCCUUCCGACUCACGGACUUCCCAACCGGUUCAGGAAUCUGCAGCAGUUGAGGAAGGCCUUCACUAUUAUUCAACCAACAUUCUACGGGGAUUGAGUCACGUUGGCACGUCCCCAUCUAGUCCAGCCGAAUCACGCUCGGUCACAGAUUCGCUUCAACAGAGCAGCAGCUCGGCAAAACCUGGUACAAGCAUGGAUCAAAUCCAAAACUUCAACGAACGCAGCUUCGAAAAUAGUCCGUACGCGAGGCGCAAAGUUAAACCCCUACAGCAUCUAGACCCGAACGGAAGCAUCGAGGAAAUAACCGACUUCGAAGAGGUAGAAUCCAGCCCUUACGCCAAACGUCGGAUAAAGCACAUGGCCAGCUUCAAAGGGGACCGUCAGGAUAAACCGCCUCUACCGACAAGCUUACCGCCGGCGUUACCACCAAGUAGAACUGAUGAACCGGAAAUACUGGUAGUGGAAGACUACUUCACCACGGAGCAACCGAAGAGUGAUCUAGACGAGUACGCGUUACUUACCGACGAGGACAACCGGAAACCGCAGAGCGUGGCUAGGGGUAAAGAUUCGGGCGGUGGCGGUGGAACGGAGUCCAGCGACAGUAGCAGUAUUGAAGUUAUUCCCCUUAGAUCCGAAAAAUGAUGCCAUAUUUUAUGUGACAGUUGACUGUAGAAUGGUUUAGUUUAAUAUCGUUACUAGAAUAAUAGAGAAUAUUUUACUGCAGCAAUGAUUUAUGUUUUACAAA